AUGGACACCACUACAUCCCUCGAACUAAACUUUGAGAACAGACAGACUCUCGUUGCUGCGCUGCAUCGAUGCAGCAUACUCAUGCACGAGCCUCAGAAGCGAUUGCAUGUUUACAAGGUUCAUGUUUCACGGUGCCUUAUCGUACAUAAUACCAAUGUUGCAACCAGCAAUCCACCCACAAACUCCUUGUCUUAUGCGAGCGAUUCGCUCUGGAUUGUCUCGAUUCAGAACCGGACACGGUGCAUCGACCCCGGUCCCACGCGGCGGGACAUCAUCCAACACGGUCCGGAGGAAGGCGUGCGGAGGGCAAUAAAUUCUUGUAUGAACAGGAAAACAUACUUCGCGACGUCGUGGUAUGACAAAAUUCUUGAAUACUUCAAGGAUUGGUCUCAGUCGUCAGACGUUGUAGAAUCUCUAGUUAGGUGGGAUGAGAUCAGGGCCGACCUUGACAAAAUAUUUCGUACAUGCCCCGGUGACGUAAUGAAGGCGCAAGCGAAACAGUCUUCGUCUCAGUUGUCCGACAUCCGAGUGUUCUCACGGCCCAAUGUCAGGGAGACGUUAGAUGCGUUGUGGGUUGCAUUGUCAUCGAAGGACGACGUCGCGAGGAUGAUGCAACUCACCGGCCCUAAGGCGAGGUCGAUUAUCAAUUUGCUGGAUGAGGCCCUCAAUGUACUUGAGAUUCGCGGCCGCUUGCAUUCGAAGGCUCUUCAUACCCUACGAAAGCUCUGUGCCUCCCGCGGCGUUCUGCCGGACUCGUUCAAAGUGAAUUCCCAGGAUCUGAAACUAAUCAAGGAUCACCCAGAGGCAUCGGGUGGGUUCGCAGACAUUUGGCUCGGCCAGUACAAGGAAGCAGAAGUUGCUCUGAAGGUAUUUCGUAUUUAUGGACGAGAUAACUUACAAGCCGUCCACAAGGCAAGCACAUUUGGGAGGGAGGCUGUCCUUUGGAAGCGCUUGCGGCAUGCAAAUAUUGUAGAAUUCAUUGGUGUAAAUACUGAAUUAUUCCCGCUGUCAAUGGUCUGCGAGUGGAUGAAGAACGGCGAUGUCAUGUCCUUCUUAAAGGCACAUCCUGGAUCGAAUCGACUGGAACUGCUCGUUGACAUUGGGCAAGGUUUAGAAUUCUUACAUUCUUUGGGCAUCUUACACGGCGACCUCAAAGGCGCCAAUGUCCUUGUCAACGACAAGCUUCAUGCCUGCCUGACCGACUUCGGUCUCACCGCCGUCACUUACGAUCCGAACACUGUGAAUGCGAUCUCGACGUCUUCAAGUGUCAAUGGUUCUAUUCGUUGGAUGCCCCCGGAGAUACUCAACCCUGAGCAUGCGGGGCUAGAGAAGGCGCGUUCCACUCCGGAAAGUGACAUAUAUUCGUUCGCCAUGGUCAUGUGGGAGAUGUUCACAGGCUGCAUUCCAUUCUACGAAAAUACACGCGAUCCCCAAGUUGUAUUUCGCGUGAUCCUGGGCAUCCGUCCCGAGCGCCCCGCUCUCUCGACGCCCCUUGGGCUUUCUGAUCCUGUCUGGGACCUCAUGGAGUCAUGUUGGCAUGGGGAAUGGCAGCGACGUCCGCGUAUACCUAUUGUUCUGCAGACACUUCGGGGAGCAUUUGAGGAGUAUGGAAUCAUCAGUGCGCGUCCCGCAGCUUGGCCUCUACUUGCCAACCACGCACGGGAUGGCAUCCGUGGUGAUGCGGCGAUAAUUGACAGUGCCGAGUUACCAGGCAUGCAUUUCACGCUGCCGCGGUCGACGACAGAGGGCGUAUCUGUCUACCCACCAAGCUUUGCAGUGUCUCUCCAAGAAGAAGUGGGUAUGCCGGAGUAUCUCAGUGACAUCGCGACAAGUGACGAUGUACCUACGGCCUUGGAGACUCUCGGCAUUAACAAGUCACCCCAUUGGGAAUUCGUCGCUCAUGAUGAAGCAUGGGUAUGA